CCGCUCGUCGCCCCCCCGCCGCCCGGAACGAGGCCGAGGCCGAGGCGGAGGCCGACGCCCGAGACCCUGCUGAGCCGUCUCCUGUCGCGGCCAUGAACCAGCGCCAGGCAGCCGCCCGCCUGCGCGUCGUGCUGGGACACCUCGGCCAGACCUCCGCCAGGACCGGCGUAGCUUACCCCACUUCGGGAGCUGUGUCUCCAAACAGCUUCCAUCCUCCACAAUUCCAGUAUACUCAGGAUAAUGAUGUCCUAAGCCUAGAACAGAGAAAAUUUUAUGAAGAAAAUGGGUUUCUUGUCAUUAAAAGUUUGGUGUCUGACCCGGACAUUCAACGCUUUAGGGACCAGUUUGAAAGGAUCUGCAGAGGGGAGGUGAAACCAAAACAAAUGAUAAUAAUGAGAGAUGUGUCCAUUGCAAAAUCAGAAUAUAUUCCAAGUGAAAGGAUGAUUUCAAAGAUCCAAGACUUCCAAGAAGACAAGGAACUCUUCAGAUACUGCACUCUCCCUGAGAUUCUGAAAUAUGUGGAGUGCUUCACUGGACCCAAUAUUAUGGCCAUGCAUGCAAUGCUUAUAAACAAACCUCCAGAUUCUGGUAAAGUGGUUUUAUUUGUUAAGUAGAAGCCAAAAAAAAAAAAAAAAAUA